AUGGCAGAUAACCAUGGCGGUUCGGUGACAACACAAUCGGGUCAGGGCGGAGUUCGUCUAACUAAUCUGUUGAGGCAACUGUGGUCGUCAAACAUCACCUACAACCUCGCUGUCCUCCUACUCAAGGACUCACUCCUGUUCCAGUACCUUCGCUUCUCCAUCGAUGUCGGUUACCGUCGUGCAUGCUGGGCAUUGGGCACCAUCAUCACCGCCUACGGGGUGGCUGCUUUGUUUGUCAGCAUUUUCUCAUGCCAACCCAUCUCGUAUAGCUGGAACAGCAACGUCCCGGGCGGCAAGUGCAUAGAUUUCCUCACAUUCUGGUUGUUCAAUGCCUCCUUCAACUCGGCCACCGACAUCAUCGUCUGUGUGUUACCAACUCCGGUCCUGAGGGCUUUGCGAUUGCCUAGAAAGCAGCUGGGCAUUUUGGCUUGUAUAUUUCUGCUCGGCGCAUUUGUCUGCAUAGCAUCCAUUGUCCGGCUAUUUGCGGUGUACAGUGCGACAGUAAACAACCAAAACGACCCGGCCAUCGCAAUCUGGUCGGCCGUGGAGGUGAACAUUGGAAUCAUCUGUGCCUGUCUGCCGUCUCUCCGACACCCAGUAACCCAACUCUGGCCGCGCAUCCUGGCUCGACAUCAACGGCUGACGGCUCACGAGGCGUCGUCAGAAUCCCCCACCAGUAUCGGUCUGACCACGCGACCGAAAUAUCCUGACCCGAGCGUAAAGUGUCUCGACGAUGACCUGUCUCGAAGCAGCAGCCUUCAAAGCGAUGUUGAGAUCCCACCGAUAUCUCAACCCACGCAACCCGGCGCCGGUGCGAGGGAGAUUGCCGGUGUCGACGCUUCGAAGCCUCACAGCGUAAUCGGUACACAUGACCAGGCCGCUCCAGGCAGCACCACCGAUGCGCAUGUCUUUGCGCCUACCCACUGGAAAAGCAGUUCCCCAACGAUCUCGACCGUCACCGAAUUGGACGAGCCAACAGACGAACCCGACUCCGAGCCUGCAGACAGCACGCCAGACACCGCGAGACCUUUACCACUCCCACAACUGCUCACGGCCCCCUCACCGGCUGGGCGCCCGCUAGGUCCGCGUCCGCCUACACUACAAAAGCAGAUCGAGCCUCCAAGCCCUGCUCCGGCGCUGGCGCCGCCACCGCCGGUGGUGACGAGAAGCCACAAACGCAGCAAAUCCAAACGCAUGGGCCAAUCUUGCCCUGUGGUUCCUCUAGCUUGUAUUCCUGAAUCCAGCGCCUCCAAUACUCCGGAUUCCGAGGAUGGAUAUCAAGACGGAGCAGAACGUGACCGUCAUCAGAGCCAGGACGAGGAUCAGCAUGAUAAUGACCUCGCCCUCUCUCGAACCUCCAGCAGCCACCUCAAUCGCGAGCCGACAAUCGUCAUCCCACCGCAGCAAUAUUCACGUCCUCAACCGCCUGGAUCGCCCAGCUCGACAUACACCAGCACCUCCAUCACCACAGUUAGCAGCAACCGCAGCAGUAGCCAUCUCAUGCCAUGGGACCCAGAAUGGGACGGUCGUGCCAGCUACACUAGCAAAACGUACAGCUACGAGAUCCUCGGUGGGCCACAGGCGCUAGAAUCUACGUCGUCAGAUUCGGCGUCAGUGUCUGCGUCAGUGUCUGCGUCAGCAUUAGCGUCAGCGCCACAGUCGACGCUAUCUCCGACAGCAGCGUCGAGGCCGACCUCGCCCCUGGCAAAGGUGAAAUCGAUGGCAAUAUCAAAGAUAGCGGCAGCUGUCACAUCCCACGACCGAAACACCUUAGGGAUGAUACAUGAUUCGAACCAGGGCUUUGCUUCGUCUUCGGCCUCACCUUCAGGCUCCAAACAAGCGUCUCCUUCUAAAUUUGGUCCGAGACCGGCUCCGGCUCCGACGAGUCGUCCUGGUUCUGCUCGUCCAGACGCUGGCUCCGGUCUCGGUCUCGGUCUCGGUCUUGGGGUAGGCCUGGGCGUAGACCUCAGGUCAAGUGGGAAGUCGAAGUCGAAGUCUAACCAGACCUCGAAUCCGACUUCGACUCCGACUCCGAGGUCAGGCAUUGCCUCCCACACAACCAUGACCCCGAGUCCGAGUGCGAGUGUAGAGGUCGUCGGGACGGACAAAUAUACCCGCGAACAGGCACGGCGCGACCUAGAACGCGCGCGGCGCAAACAGCGUGAACACGAGCGCGAGCUCGAAAGGAUCCAGGAGCGCGAGAUGCAGAAGCAGAAGCGGAAGUGGAACCGUGGCGGGGACGGAGGUCAGAGUGAUGGUGAGAGUGGUGGUGAAAGGCCCCGAGGACCUCGAGAGAUGAGGUGA